AGUUUUCUACGUAAAUCAUUCGUGAGAACACAAAACCAGCAAACAGUUUGAGAUUUAUACCAAAUUUUUCAGUUUAGCACAGAAAUAAAAUUUCCAAUAGAAAUUUUCGACCAUGGUUCAGCUUUCGCGUAGCACAAAAUUUACCUGCAUUUGCUUUGGCAUCUAUGUGUCGUAUGCGGUGUUCAUAUUCCUGCUGUUGCCGUUGCUGAUGCCCGAUCCGGUGACGCUGCAACGGUCGAUGCUCGCCUACAAGACCCGCCACCUGGGCAACCUGACCAAAUACACGCUGGAGACGGGCGGUGAGCCCAUACGCUCGCUGUUGGUCACAUUCCGGGGCUCGGGUGCACUGAAGCUUCUGGAUAAUUUGUCCUUUCAGCCGGGCUGCUAUCAGCACUAUGCCCCACUGAUUGCCUACCAGAACCGCAUGAAUGCGGCACAGCGGCAUGAGCAGGCGCUGGAGGAGAUUCUGGCGCUGUACCAGUGCGACUACAAUAAGUCGGCGCCGAUGCUCAGCUGGGGCAUGAAAUCGUCCACUUUCCAACGCUUCUAUGGCGUGCAGUGGAAGAACAGCCUGAUCUAUCCAAAGGAUGUCUGCUGGGACGCACAAGUAAUGGCGGAUAUCUGCAAAAUUCAUCCAUUCCUCAACAUGGCCGUGUACAAUCUGAGGCUGGAGUAUUUGAGUUCCCUGUUGGAUCGAAAGGAUCUCAAUGUUAAGAUCAUGCUGCUGAUUCGUGAUCCCCGCGGCACAAUGUACUCACGCGCCAAUAGUGCCUGGUGUGCCAGCAGUCCAGACUGCCAGGCGGCAAAUUUAUGCAGCGAUAUGGCCAGUGAUUACAAGACGGCUAUGAGUCUCAUGAGGCUCUUCCCGCAUAGCUUUGGCGUCGCACGAUACGAGGACCUCGUCAGCAAACCCGAGCAGACCAUGCAGACAAUUUUCCAAUUUUACGGCCUGCCAAUGAAGCGUUCCAAGGAGGUGAUACGCGGUGUUCAUCCACGCAGCGCUCACCGUGAUGUCGAUGGCUGGGAGUUUCCCUGGCGACAUGCCAAUGAACCGGCGUUCGAUUGGAUGUACAAAAUGAAGAUGGAGGACAUCAAAGCCAUUCAGAGUGUCUGCAAGGAUGCCAUGAGCAUGUGGCGCUAUCGUCUUGUACAAGACUUUGAAGGCUUCUUGCCCGAGACCUUUCAGCCGCUGCUCGACAAUCCCUGAGUU